GUCUGAAAUAAAGAAACAACAAGUUUAAUUUUUAUUAUUUAGUAGUUAGUACAGAUUCAAUAAAUAAAGAAACCAUGAAUAAGUCUUUGUGUCUAAUAGUUCUGUAUAGUGUUUGUAUAUUGUCUAAAAAAUUCAACGAUGAAGAGAAACCGGCAUGGGCGAAGAAAGAUAUUCGCGAUUUUACCGACGCUGAUAUGGAACGAUUAUUAGAUCAAUGGGAAGAAGAUGAGGAACCUUUACCUGAAGAUGAAUUACCAGAACAUUUGCGGAAACCACCUUCAAUUGACAUGACCAAAUUAGAUAUGUCUAAUCCAGAAACAGUGCUUCAACAAACUAAGAAAGGUCAGACGUUGAUGAUGUUUGUGACAGUUGCUAAUAAGCCCCAAAGAGCCAGGACUGAAGAAUUAACUAAGAUUUGGCAAACUGGUUUAUGGAGUAAUCAUAUACAAGCUGAAAGGUAUCUUAUAGAUGAUGAUCGAGCUAUAUUUAUGUUCAAGGAUGGCUCUCAAGCUUGGACAGCAAAAGAAUAUUUAAUAGAACAAAAUGAAUUAAAGAAUGUUCAGUUAGAAAGUCAAACAUAUGAUGGGAAGUUUCCUGAUGUUAAAAACACAGCAGUAAGAGAUGAAUUAUAGAUCUGAAUAGUAUGAGUGUUAUAUCAACCUCAUUAAUAUACUUUCUUG